AUGUCGGAAAGUUGCAAGUUCCGCAUAAGUCGGGAGUGCGCCGUGGGAGACUGGGUGCGCGUCCGGCGACAGGCCGGCAAUACCGACAAGGACAAUAACGAGACGUCCAAGGGCCUCUUCGUUGGGCCAGCCACCGUGUUCGCGCGCCUGCGGCAACCUCUGGAGGAAGGGCGCCUCCGGGACGUGGUGAUCCUGGCCUUCCGGGGGCAGCAGCUGCGCCCGGUGUCCGACGCGGAGCGGGCCAUUAUCGAGAUGGACGCGGAGACGCGUGACCUCCUGCGCCAGCGCGCGGACCAGGCUCUGAAGAGACUCGCCCGCGUGGUGGACAUCGCGGGAGAGGGCGAGCCAGAUUGCGAUCAGCUGGAUGAGCCGGCGGAGCCGGGAAUGCCUCUGGACGAGGGGGUCUCACGAGAGACCGAGACUCCUCUGCCAGGCACCCCCGGGAGGUCUGAGCCGGAGCAGGAGCAGCCUGUGAGCGAGCCGUCGCCCGAGCGCGGGGGGGUGAUUCUCCGGAAGCUGGGCCGCGCCAUGCGGGGGCAGUUCCGGGCCGCCACGAACGCCGAAGUGAACGGCUGGCUGGCCAACCAGGUCGUGAGGCGCAUGGCGGAGUCCGGCUGGGUGGCCAUGGAGCUGGAGCCGCGUGUCUGGACCUUGUGCGACAUCGGCCGGCCAGUCGCCAUCGCCUUCGCGCGCGUGGGCGACGUCGCGCGGGGCAUCGGGGAGAAAAACGACAGGGCGAAGAAGAAGAAGCGCGAGAAGUUGCGCAACUACUGGCAGUGGGGCCCCAUGGGGAACAGGGUGCUUCCGACGGACGGGCCUACCGUGCCCGUCGCAGCAGACGCGAGCAUCCUGUCGUCAUGCGCCAACGCCGCGACGUACGGCCUGUUGACCCGCAUUAACAAGGUGAUCCACACAGCCCAUGAGACAGCUCGCGUGCAUGUGCGAUUUCGUGCCGUCAAGGAUCCCAUCUUCACUGCCUUCCACGACGCAGCCUGGGCUGUCCGGAAAGACGCGGAGUCGCAGGGAGUCUGCGUCAUCGGGAUGGGCGAGCGCUUGGGGUGCGAGGUGCGGUCGGGCAGCGUGUGCCACGAGGAUCUGACCUACAUGCGCAUUGCGUGGACUGAACUGAUGCGCGGCGGCGUCAACCUGAAGGGCGUCCGAGGCGCGCUCCGGAUGACGCGAGCGACGACGGUCGCGGACUACGAGGGCCUGUGCGACGCCUUGGCCCGCAGCGUGAGCACAGGGCUGGGGGCAGACGACCGCCGCCCAGCCAUCGAGGCGCUCGGCCUCCAGCAAGCAAUGGAGGAGGGACCCGCAGAGCUGCGCUGGGUCCACUCGGAGGCCAUGCCAGCCGACGGGCUGACAGAAGGAUCGUGUGCAGCACGGUCCGUGCUGGCAGACUUCCUAACACGCGGCUAUUGGCGGCUAGUCAAGGACCCGACCUUCACAUCAGCGAGGAACGGCGCCAACAGGGCCGCGGGGACAUUUUGGAUGACGGAGUCGAGCGUGAGCUCUGACAGCUCGUCGUCCAGCAGCUCGUCGUCGAGCAGCUCGGGGAGCGGCAGCUGCGCAGAGGGGCGCCAGGCGCUGGCGAGUGCCGCCGCGGCUCAGGCGGAGGCCCCUUCUCGCGAUCCCGCUGGCCUGGACGCCGGCCGCGAGCCGAGCGCGGCCCCCGCAGACGAGGCCGGCUGCGGGGGCAGUGCGCGGCGCACCACCGUGCGCAACAAGCUCCACCAGGCGCUCGGCGGGGCCCCGGGCGUGCUCGCCUUCGCCGUCGAGCUCGCGCUGCACCGCGCCUGCGGUGGCGACGAGCGGAGGUACACGCAGACGGCGCGGUCGGUGCUCUUCAACCUCAGGGCAGAGGGCCACGGCUGCCUCAGGUCGCGGCUGCUCAGCGGAGCGCUGAGGCCAGAGAAGGUGCCCAGCCUUACAGCCGAGGAGAUGGCUAGUGCCGAGACGAGGGCCAAGCGGGCCAGGCUCAGGAGGGAGUGCAUGGAGGAGGUCCAGACGGACUGGGCCCUGAAGCACGGGCAGGCGAAUGUGACUGGCAUGUUCACGUGCGGGAAGUGCCGCAGCAGCAAGACGACGUACCACCAGCUGCAGACCCGCAGCUCUGACGAGCCGAUGACCACGUUCGUGAGCUGCCUGAGCUGUGGCAAGCGCUGGCGCUGCUGAGACAGCCGAUCUCCGCGUGCGGGGCGUCGUCGCGGCCGCGGCGUCGUAGUCGUCGUGGUGGUGGUCGCGGUUCGGCAGCGUCCAGGUCACACGCCCUCCAGGCUGCCGCGGGGGCGUAGGUGUGGGG